AUGUCUGAUUUUGUGGAAAGCGAGGCCGAGGAGUCCGAGGAAGAGUACAAUGAUGAAGGCGAGGUGGUGCCCCGGGUCAACAAGAAAUUUGUAGAAGAGGAGGAUGACGAUGAGGAGGAGGAGGAGGAGAACCUGGAUGAUCAGGAUGAACAAGGAAACCUGAAAGGCUUUAUCAAUGAUGAUGACGAUGAAGAGGAAGGGGAGGAGGAUGAGGGUAGUGACUCUGGAGAUUCGGAAGAUGAAGUUAGCCACAAGAAGAGAAAACGCACAUCUUUUGACGACCGCCUGGAGGAUGAUGAUUUUGAUCUCAUUGAGGAGAAUUUGGGUGUCAAAGUCAAAAGAGGACAAAAAUACCGACGUGUCAAAAAAGUCUCUGAUGAUGAGGACGACGAGGAGGAGGAAUAUGGCAAGGAAGAACAUGAAAAAGAAGCUAUCGCAGAGGAGAUCUUUCAGGAUGGGGAAGGGGAAGAAGGGCAGGAGGCCGUGGAGGCCCACAUGGCUCCUCCAGAAGAGGAGGAGGAAGAUGAUGAAGAGUCAGACAUUGAUGACUUUAUCGUGGACGAUGAUGGACAGCCUCUGAAAAAACCUAAGUGGCGGAAAAAGCUUCCUGGAUACACUGAUGCGGCUCUGCAGGAAGCCCAGGAGAUUUUUGGUGUGGACUUUGACUACGAUGAAUUUGAGAAAUACAAUGAGUACGACGAAGAACUGGAGGAAGAGUAUGAGUAUGAGGACGAUGAAGCUGAGGGCGAGAUCCGAGUGCGCCCCAAGAAGACCACCAAGAAACGUGUGAGCCGCAGGAGCAUCUUCGAGAUGUAUGAGCCCAGUGAGCUGGAAAGCAGCCACCUCACGGAUCAGGACAAUGAAAUCCGAGCCACUGACUUGCCUGAGAGAUUCCAGCUCCGUUCCAUCCCCGUCAAGGGGGCUGAAGAUGAUGAACUGGAAGAAGAGGCAGACUGGAUCUACAGGAAUGCCUUUGCCACACCAACCAUUUCUCUGCAGGAAAGCUGUGAUUACCUAGACCGAGGGCAGCCAACCAGCAGCUUCAGUCGAAAAGGGCCCAGCACAAUUCAGAAGAUUAAAGAGGCCCUGGGCUUCAUGCGAAAUCAGCAUUUUGAGGUGCCUUUCAUUGCUUUCUACCGGAAGGAGUAUGUGGAGCCUGAGUUGCAUAUCAACGACCUGUGGAGGGUGUGGCAGUGGGAUGAAAAGUGGACCCAGCUGAGGAUUCGUAAGGAGAACCUAACACGGCUGUUUGAGAAGAUGCAGGCUUAUCAGUACGAGCAAAUCUCUGCUGAUCCUGACAAGCCCCUUGCUGAUGGCAUCCGGGCUCUGGACACCACGGACAUGGAGAGGCUCAAGGAUGUUCAAUCAAUGGAUGAACUGAAAGAUGUCUACAAUCAUUUUCUGCUCUAUUACGGUCGUGACAUCCCUAAGAUGCAGAAUGCCGCCAAGGCCAGCCUCAAGAAGCUAAAGCGUGUAAGGGAAGAGGGAGAUGAGGAAGGUGAUGGUGAGGAGGCAGAAGAUGAAGAGCAGAGAGGGCCAGAGCUCAAGCAGGCUUCUCGACGAGACAUGUACACCAUCUGCCAGAGCGCUGGGCUAGAUGGCCUGGCCAAAAAGUUUGGGCUUACACCUGAGCAAUUUGGGGAAAAUCUCCGGGACAGCUACCAGCGGCAUGAGACGGAGCAGUUUCCAGCAGAGCCCUUGGAACUGGCAAAGGACUAUGUUUGCAGCCAGUUCCCUACCCCGGAAGCCGUGCUGGAAGGUGCCCGCUACAUGGUAGCCCUGCAGAUUGCCCGAGAGCCCCUCGUCCGGCAGGUGCUAAGACAGACUUUCCAGGAAAGGGCCAAGCUCAAUAUAAGCCCCACUAAGAAAGGUAGAAAGGAUGUGGAUGAGGCCCACUAUGCUUACUCCUUCAAGUAUUUAAAGAACAAGCCUGUUAAGGAACUGAGAGAUGACCAGUUCCUCAAGAUCUGCCUGGCUGAAGAUGAAGGGCUGCUCACCAUUGAUAUCAGCAUUGAUAUGAAGGGAGUAGAAGGCUAUGGCAGUGACCAGACGUAUUUCGAAGAAAUCAAACAAUUUUACUACCGAGAUGAGUUCAGCCAUCAGGUGCAGGAGUGGAACCGGCAGCGCACCAUGGCCAUCGAGCGAGCUUUACAGCAAUUCUUGUAUGUGCAGAUGGCCAAAGAGCUCAAGAACAAGCUGCUGGCUGAAGCCAAAGAAUUUGUCAUAAAGGCCUGUAGUCGAAAGCUCUACAACUGGUUGAGGGUGGCGCCCUACAGGCCAGAUCAACAAGUAGAAGAAGACGACGACUUUAUGGAUGAGAACCAAGGGAAGGGCAUCCGGGUCCUAGGCAUUGCUUUCUCCUCUGCCAGAGAUCACCCUGUGUUCUGCGCCUUGGUCAAUGGUGAAGGAGAAGUGACAGACUUCCUCCGGCUGCCUCAUUUUACCAAACGGCGAACUGCAUGGAGAGAGGAAGAGCGGGAGAAGAAGGCUCAAGACAUUGAAACUCUGAAGAAAUUCCUUCUGAACAAAAAGCCUCACGUGGUGACAGUUGCAGGAGAGAACAGGGAUGCCCAGAUGUUGAUUGAGGAUGUGAAGCGCAUCGUGCAUGAGCUGGACCAGGGUCAGCAGCUGUCCUCUAUUGGGGUGGAGCUGAUUGACAACGAGUUGGCCAUCCUCUAUAUGAACAGCAAGAAAUCAGAGGCAGAAUUCCGGGAUUACCCUCCUGUGCUGAGACAGGCCGUCUCCCUGGCCCGGCGCAUCCAGGACCCUCUGAUUGAGUUUGCCCAGGUGUGCAGCUCAGAUGAAGACAUCCUGUGCCUCAAGUUUCACCCCUUGCAGGAGCAUGUGGUGAAAGAAGAGCUACUCAAUGCCCUGUACUGUGAAUUCAUCAACCGAGUCAAUGAGGUUGGAGUUGAUGUCAACCGUGCCAUUGCCCACCCCUACAGCCAGGCCUUGAUUCAGUAUGUCUGUGGCCUGGGACCUCGAAAAGGGACCCAUCUUCUGAAGAUUCUGAAACAGAACAACACCAGGCUCGAGAGCCGGACUCAGCUGGUCACCAUGUGCCACAUGGGUCCCAAAGUCUUCAUGAAUUGCGCUGGCUUCCUCAAGAUUGACACCGCCUCCCUGGGGGACAGCACUGACUCAUAUAUUGAAGUCCUUGAUGGUUCCCGAGUUCACCCUGAGACUUAUGAGUGGGCCAGGAAGAUGGCAGUGGAUGCUCUAGAAUAUGAUGAAUCAGCUGAGGAUGCCAACCCUGCGGGAGCCCUUGAAGAAAUCUUGGAAAACCCAGAGCGACUCAAGGACCUAGACCUUGAUGCCUUUGCAGAAGAACUGGAGAGGCAGGGCUAUGGUGACAAACACAUCACGCUGUACGACAUCCGAGCGGAGCUGAGCUGUCGAUAUAAGGACCUCCGGACUGCCUACCGCUCUCCUAACACAGAGGAAAUCUUCAAUAUGUUAACCAAAGAAACACCAGAGACCUUCUACAUUGGAAAGCUCAUUAUCUGCAACGUCACCGGCAUCGCCCACAGGCGUCCACAGGGUGAGAGCUACGACCAGGCAAUCCGCAACGAUGAGACGGGGCUGUGGCAGUGCCCUUUCUGUCAACAGGACAAUUUCCCGGAACUAAGCGAGGUCUGGAACCACUUUGACAGCGGUUCAUGCCCAGGCCAGGCCAUCGGUGUCAAAACACGGCUAGACAAUGGUGUCACUGGCUUCAUCCCCACCAAAUUCCUCAGUGACAAAGUGGUAAAGCGGCCAGAGGAACGAGUGAAGGUGGGAAUGACUGUUCAUUGCCGCAUCAUGAAGAUUGACAUCGAGAAGUUUAGUGCAGACCUGACCUGCCGCACCUCAGACCUCAUGGAUAGGAACAACGAGUGGAAGCUGCCCAAGGACACCUACUAUGACUUUGACGCCGAAGCAGCAGACCACAAGCAGGAGGAGGACCUGAAGCGGAAGCAGCAAAGGACCACAUAUAUCAAGCGAGUGAUUGCACACCCAUCCUUCCAUAAUAUAAAUUUUAAGCAAGCAGAAAAAAUGAUGGAAACCAUGGACCAGGGUGAUGUGAUCAUCCGACCGAGCAGCAAGGGCGAGAAUCACCUGACAGUGACCUGGAAGGUCAGUGACGGCAUCUACCAGCACGUGGAUGUGCGGGAAGAGGGCAAGGAAAAUGCCUUCAGCCUGGGAGCCACCCUGUGGAUCAACAGUGAGGAGUUUGAAGACUUGGAUGAGAUUGUUGCCCGCUAUGUUCAGCCUAUGGCAUCCUUUGCCCGGGACCUUCUAAACCACAAAUAUUAUCAGGACUGCAGUGGUGGGGACCGUAAGAAAUUAGAGGAGCUGCUCAUCAAAACUAAGAAGGAGAAGCCCACCUUCAUUCCCUAUUUCAUCUGUGCCUGCAAGGAACUGCCCGGCAAGUUCCUACUGGGAUACCAGCCCCGGGGUAAACCCAGGAUAGAAUAUGUAACUGUGACUCCAGAAGGAUUCCGGUACCGGGGCCAAGUCUUUCCCACUGUGAACGGCCUUUUCAGAUGGUUUAAGGAUCACUAUCAGGAUCCUGUACCAGGCAUCACCCCCAGUAGCAGCAGCAGGACCCGAACACCUGCUUCUAUCAAUGCUACCCCAGCCAACAUCAACCUUGCAGAUCUCACGCGGGCUGUGAACGCCCUGCCCCAGAACAUGACCUCGCAGAUGUUCAAUGCCAUUGCUGCCGUGACAGGCCAGGGCCAGAACCCUAAUGCUACCCCAGCACAGUGGGCCUCCAGCCAGUAUGGCUAUGGUGGCAGCGGAGGGGGCAGUAGCGCUUACCACGUAUUCCCAACACCAGCCCAGCAGCCAGUGGCCACACCACUAAUGACCCCCAGCUACUCCUACACAACACCCAGCCAACCCAUCACCACGCCACAGUACCACCAGCUGCAGGCCAGCACCACCCCACAGUCUGCCCAGGCCCAGCCCCAGCCCUCCUCCAGCUCCCGGCAACGGCAGCAGCAGCCAAAGUCCAACAGCCAUGCAGCCAUCGACUGGGGCAAGAUGGCGGAGCAGUGGUUGCAGGAGAAGGAGGCGGAGCGGCGGAAACAGAAGCAGCGGCUGACCCCUCGGCCCUCUCCCAGCCCUAUGAUCGAAAGCACCCCCAUGUCUAUUGCUGGCGAUGCCACCCCACUCCUGGACGAGAUGGAUCGGUAG